UCUCUCUCUAUACAGGGAAGACGCAUCCUGUAAUCAGGUCACACUUCACUGUAGUCUCAGCAUCCGUCUCUCGCCCUUUAAAGCAGAAGAAUCGAGACUUCAGACAAGCGGAAUAAUGGUGUGGAUGAAUGAUCUGGGAUGUCUUCUCGUCCCGUUGCUGAUGCUCGUACGGGUUUCCGUGCAGGUGGACGUUAAGAGCGGGAAAGAACCGGAGAAGACGGAGAAUUUCAUGGAAGAUGAACAGUGGCUGUCCACCAUUUCCCAGUACAGUCGCAAGAUCAAGCACUGGAACCGCUUCAGAGAUGAAGUGGAGGACGAUUACAUCAGAUCAUGGGAUGAAAGUCAAGGCUCGAAUGAAAGUAAGUCAUCUUUAAUAUUACUAACAUCUGCCUGGCACAUGAACUGCUCUCUGUCCUCGUACAGAGCUCCCCAACCCAAGUUGGAGGCAUCUGUUGUGACCCCCUUCCUUUUGGAGGUGCCAAGCGUGGGACAGGACAUGGACUUUGAGCCAGUAAUGGAGGGGCUGCAUGUGAAGCAGACCCAGAGGAAUCACAGAGGAAGCAGCCGACAUAAGGCCGAGCAUCCUCUGGAAAGCCCUGAGGGAACGUUGAAGCAGCAGGUCAUUAGACAGCAGCAGGAGAAUAACUGUAAACCUUGCCCAGUAUCUUCCUCUGGUCCCGUUUGUGGCUCUGAUGGACACAACUAUGCCUCUCAGUGCAAACUGGAGCAGCAGGCUUGUCUCACAGGAAAGGAGUUGAAAGUAAGAUGUGCUGGUCUCUGCCCCUGUACUGCCACCGUGGCUCCUGCUACAGACGUGGACAGCAAACAAGAGAGUUGCACAGGGCAGGACCUGGCAGAUCUGGGAGAUCGCCUGCGGGACUGGUUCCAACUGCUCCAAGGCAACGGCAAGCAGAACAGCACGGGGAAUCCUGUAGCCAGUUCUGCAUCAAUUGUGGACCGAACUCUUGUUGCGACCUGUAAGGACUCUAUUGGCUGGAUGUUCUCUAAGCUGGACACGAACAGUGACCUGUAUCUGGAUCAAGCUGAGCUGUCUGCCAUUAAUCUGGACAAGUAUGAAGUGUGCAUACGGCCCUUCUUCAACUCCUGUGACUCCUACCACGAUGGCAAAGUCUCCACAGCCGAGUGGUGCCUCUGCUUUUGGAGAGAAAAGCCUCCCUGUCUGGCUGAGCUAGAGCGAAUCCAAGUGCAAGAAGGAGCCAAGAAGAAAUCAGAUACAUACAUUCCCAGCUGUGAUGAGGACGGCUUUUACAGGAGACUGCAGUGUGACAAGAGCAGAGGGGAGUGCUGGUGUGUGGACCAGCAUGGAGGAGAGUUAAUGGGCUCCAGAAUCCAUGGCAACCCCGACUGUGACGAGGUGGUCACAUACUCGGGCGAUUUUGGCAGCGGGCUCGGAUGGGAAGAUGAAGAGGAAAAGGAGGCGGAGGAGAAUGGCGAGGAGGCUGAGGAGGAGGAAGGGGAGGUGGGGGAGGUAGAUGACGGCGGAUACAUUUGGUAGAACGAAACACGAUUCUCGCCUUGUCCGACGUAGCUUUCUGUGGCCCAUUUCUACAGAGGCAGCUCUAUCUUCUGACAUUAAACAGUGGACUCUGGAGGGUCUGUCAUCUUUAUACUGCACUCCAAACAGCAUUGACUUGGGGGGGAGGGUGGCUUGGUUAGUGUUAGCUGUAGUGAGAUUAAGGUAUUGGGAACGAGUUUUCAAUUAUUGAGCUUCUGAAUUCUUGUGAAACGUCAUAUUUUUGUUGUAAGUGCAAGAGUUUUCUCCUGAAUCAGUCUCUAGCAUCUGCAAACACGAGCUCAGAAUUAGGCGCUUGAUGUGAUGCAUUCUUAUGCAAGUCUAAUAAAUACAUACUAUCAUCACUAUUCGUUCGGAAAUGCCAAAAUGAUACCUGUUACGUCUAAAGCAAAUUUUUAAAGUAUGUAUAUAAAGAUAGACAGGCUUCAGGGUCUAACCUUUUUCAUUAGAUCUUCUGUCGACCAUCAGCAACUGCUUUCUUCGAGGAAUCGAGACUGCUGCUAAUGUUUUUGCUAUUAGAGUUUAUGUAAAUUGUUUAAAAUGUCCUCCAAAUGAUUUAGCGUAUAUAAACACAGAUUACUAUAAAGACAAAGAGACACAAAGUCCAAAAACCUCAGAGCUAAGUUAGCUUAGCUUAGCUUAGCUCAAAUAGCUAAGACUGUUACCCUGUUAUGUUCUGGCUGAAACAGUCUCUGCAUCAUUUCUUUGCUACCUUGAAGUAGAUAUAGUCAUAAAUGUCUUGAGAUAAAGUAGCCUUUGUCAAUGUAUUUGAAGAACUAUUUCUCCACGCUCACAAACUACAACCGACUUUAGGCUACUUCCCAGAAAUACACAUUGCACUUCUACAAGAUGAUCCUUGUCCUAAAGGCACUGUUUUUUUUCCCCUGUCUUUUGUGUAAUAAUGCACCGAAACCAGAGAUGGCAAAGCAUUAUAUUUUCAUAUAAAUUACGUCUCAAUGCAGUAGCUUUCUCCCUCACUCCGACGUCCAAAUCAUUGUUUUCUUUGAAAUGGACAGUAAUAAAUCCUGAGAUAUGUGCGCUCUGGUUUCAUAUGUCUGUCAUAAUAGAAUUUGCUUAUAUUCCACUAGGUCUGGCUGUAAUACGGUACUUCUGAUGCAACACAACUAUUAUAACGAGGCAGUGUAUGGAUGAACAGGAGAGGCAGGAAUGAGCUUUCAAAAAUGCGUUCCGACAUAUUCUCUCUCAUAUACCCAAAGGGACCAAUCUGUUUUUGUAGAUGUCUUCUAAUCAGAUCUUCCCAUCAUUUGCAGUGAAAGAUGGCUGUAAUGUUCCUAGGUGUAAAUCUGGUGCUGAAGGGAUUUAUAUUCAAGGUCUGAAUCGUAAAAUCUACGACUAAAGGUAAAGUACAUGAGUCUUGCAGUAAAAAAUAUCUAAAGCAUCAGUUUUUAUGGUUAAAAUGCUGUAAAACAUGUAUGAGUUACAGACUCGGUCUGGUAUGAUAAUUCACUCAGUCGUGAUUUCGAAGUUCCACACAGGCAAGAGAAAAUGCAUUUUAUAUGGUAACAUCCCCAACGUAAACACAUUCAUCAAUGUACCGCGUCAUCUACAGAAGAAAAUGAAUCCUCCAAAUGU